GCCUCCAGCUGUGGGCUCCGGUUUGCCCCGUCUCCACCACUGCGUGGUAAAGACGGUAUCUCUCCGUGCCCUUUCCCGGGUCCGCCCAGACCGCUCCCCUGCCCCCACACGCCUCCAGCUCAGCUUCCCGCCCGGGGACCGCUGCGCGCGGGUCCUGGCGAGGUGGGCGGGCGCGCGCGCGCGCCAGGUUCGGGCCCCAGCGCCGGGGCGCGCGGGGAGCCACCUGUUGACACACCCGCGGGCAAUCCAGGCGGUCAAUGAUUAACCCGCGGAGCAGCCGGCACCAGGAAACCUGAGCCGCCCGCGAAAGCCGAGCCGGGCCCGACGGCGGCGGGAGGCGCGGGAGGCGCGCAGCCCGGCUGGUCUCGCCAUGGACGCAGGAGCAGACGUGAAAGGGGGCAGCAGCCCUGCAGCCUCUGAGGACCCCCAGAGCCCCCCUCGGCCCGAGCUCCCGCAGCUCCCAUGCCGCCCACAGCUCCUAGAUGAGGACGGAGGGCCCAGCAAGGAAGCGGCCACGGAUGGAGGCAGCGCCCCAGCACCGGGGGAAGCCCCAGCCAACCCCCCGGCUGACCCCCUGGCUGAGGCCUCCUUGGGACCCCCGGCCCAGGCUCAGGCCACGGGCGAGACCCAACAGGCACCCAAGGCGACGGCUGGUGGGGUCCCCAACAUCGGCUUUGUGGGCGAGCCCCCACCCUACGCGCCACCUGACCCCAAGGCAGAGCACCUGCUCUACCCGCCCUUCCCGCAGCCCGUGCUCUUCCCGCCAGUGUCUGCGCCCCCGGCCCUGUACCCGCCACCGCCCUCGCCGCUCUUCCCUGCGCCUGCAGUGCAGCCUCUCUUCACGCCCUUUCCCGUGUACAACAGCCCCGUGGCCGGUGUGCCAGCCCCUGCCACGGCCGAGCCCAGGCCCCUGCCCAAGGACUACAUGAUGGAGUCCGUGCUGGUGACCCUCUUCUGCUGCCUGCUCACCGGGCUCCUCGCCAUUGUCUACUCCCACGAGAGCCGCGCGGCCCUGGGCAGGGGGGACCUGGCCCACGCUGAGGAGGCCUCUCGCAAGGCCCGCUCGCUCGUGCUCUUCAGCCUGCUCUUUGGCGUCUUCGUGUCCACGAGCUGGGUCAUCUACGUGGUGGUAGCGCUCUACCUCCCCUGAGGGCUGGUGGCCCCUCCGGGGACGCCCGGAUGCCCAGGCACUCCCGGCCUGGCUGGACUCUCUCUGCGGACCUCUCUCCCUGCCAGUGGACAUCUGUCCCCUGGCUGGGGCCCAGGUAGGGGCCAAAGGAAGGUGGGCUUUGCAGCCCUCGGCACACCCGCAGCUGGGCCUCUGCCCCUGCAGGUGGCCUCAGGCAGUGUCCUCGCCCCCAGCCCUGGCCUUCACCUUAUCCCUGAGAGACCAGCACCCUUGCUGUCCUCAGAAUCGUCUGGAAGGACACAGCAACCCCAGGCUCCAUACCCUGGCCUAGCUCUGUGUUCGCAGGACAGAGCCGCUGGUCUUGGGGGGUUAAGAAAGUGGCCUCUUCUCAUUUGGUGGCUCCUGCCUGGUCCUUCUGUGCCCCAGCCCCAUCCAGGAGGCAGGCUCUCUCCAGCUGACUCCACUUCCAGAAACCAAGGCCCUAAUGUCUGGUCAGUAAACGAACAGUGCCCUGGGCAGAGCUUCUCAUUGCUGCUUCGGGGCCACUGCUGGUCCUGGCGCAGUUGAGGGUGAGCUGGAAAAGCGCCUGUCCACACCGGGGCUCUGGGGCUCCCAUGCCGCCCCUUAGAGAUGCUGGUUUAGCGCCAUGUCCGGCUUGCGGAGAGCCCAUGGCAGGUGGAGGUGCUGGGUACUGACGGCGGGGAUUUCUGUCGGGUCUUUCGCAGCCAAAGGUGAUGGGCGAGCAGGGACGUCCAUCUGCUGGAGGCGGGGAUGGGGCCCCUGGCUGAGCCGUAAAAGACUGGCAGCCCAAGUUACACCAGGUGCUGUCUGAGCACCUGCUCUGUGCUGGUCCCGGCCCUGGUGCCAGCACUGGGAGCUGCAGCCCCAUCUCAGCUCUGGAAGUGCUCCAGGAGCUGGAGAGAUGUGGCUGAGGAAGUAAGUGAGCAGUGACAAUGCUUGGGGCACGAGAGGUGGACUUCUGGUCUGUGACGUGGGGCUGGUUCAGAAUUCGGAUAUCAAAUCCUAAAGUGGGAGUUCCCCUUGUGUCUCGGGUUGAGAACCUGACAUACUUUCCAUGAGGAUGAGGGUUCCAUCCCUGGCCUCGCUCAGUGGGUUGAGAAUCUGGCAUUGCCAGGAGCUGCGGCAUAAGUCUCAGAGGCUGCUCGGACCCAGCAUGGCUGUGGCCUGGGCUGGCAGCUGCAGCUCCGAUUCAGCCCCUGGCCUGGGAACUUCCAUGUGCUGCAGGUGCGGCUGUAAAAAGAAACAAAACAAAACCCUAUAGUGCAUGAUCGCCAGGAAAAAGGAGGAGGAAACUGUAGUUUAGGAAUCGACAGAUGCCAAGAAGUACUAUGUAGACCCUAACAGCCGCAGCUGCUCCUGUUACUAAACUCUUACGUAAAAUCAGACGAAGGGAGUUCCCUGGUGGCCUGGCACUUAAAGGACCUGGCAUUGUCGCCACUGUGGCUCGUUGUCACUGCUAUGGCUUAGGUUCAGUCCCUGACCAGGGAACUUCUGCAUGCUGCAGGUGUGGCCCACAAAGGAAUCCGAAUAGGCAGAAAUCAUGUAGUAUAUAUGAAAUAUCAGGGAAAUCUUAUUAGUUGCAGAUCCUGAUUUAGUAAGUAGGACCUGAGAUUCUGUGUUUCUUGUGAGCUCCCUAGGUGACCCUAAAGCUGCUAUAUGAACCUACAGCAUAUGGUACAUUAAGUGGGGAAUUAUUGAAACCUUUAUAAACAGGAUCAAGCCAUGGAUGCCCCCGAGGGUCUCUCUUCAAUGCAAUGUGGUUUUGAGGUUCUAGCUAGUGUAAAGAAAAGCAAAGUAGGAGUUCCCUGGUGGUCUGAUGGGUAGGACUCGGUGCUUUCACUGCUGUGGCCCGGGUUUGAUCCCUCACUGGGAACUGAGACCCCACAUCACGCUGCUGCACGCUGUGGAACAGCAAAGGGAAAUUUGCAGUAUGAAAACUAGAAGAGGCCAAAUGCUUCUCUAGCUAGAAUAUCUGAGUCAGUGAAAAAAUCAGAAUAAGGGAACUCAGAGAAGGGGAUACAGAGUACACAAGAGUCGAGAGCAAUAUUCAGGUAAAAGUACAUAUGAAAUACCAGGGAAACAGUUUAAACAGUAAAACUUAAGAAUGAACUUAAGAAAAUCCAGGUCCAAAUGAAGAAAACAAUUUUUGGGGGGUGGGGGUGGGGGUGGCGGGAAGCAUUUAUGGUAAGGCACCAGAGGAGGAGUCCAGGACAGCUCGUGUUCAGAAAAGCCCCAACUCCUCCUAAAUUACCAAGAGACAAAGAACAAACUCUCUGGCUAGCUUCCUUAAAUAAAGAGAUUUAAUGAAAUUCCAAGAAGAAAGCCAAGCGUUGGAAACUGAUUUAAAAAAAAAAUCAACUGGAAGGAAAAUGUGCAAAGACGGCCGAUCAUGUUUCAAAGUUUAAUGCGGGAGGACUUUCUUCACCCGAUUUUGAAACUUUACCAUAAAGCUGCAAUAAUCAAGGCACGGUGUGGCUUUGCCGCAGAGACGGAUCAGUGAGAAAAAGGGCACGUCUGGAAGGCAUCCCGAGUGUGUACGGGAAGUUCACGUCGGACCCAAAUGGCAUUUUAAUUGAGUGAGUCGGAGUGCGGGGCUUACGGUAAGCAGAGCUGGCCGUCUGGUUGGAAAAAUUAUUCUCGUAUUGCAUGUAAAAAUAAACUCCAGAUGGAUUAAAGAGCCAUGUAGUAUGAAGUUAAAAGCUCUACUGAUAUUAGAUGAAAGCUCAGCGUAGGUGUGUAACUUCAGGGGGCUGGGCCGCUAUGCAAGGCGGAGAGGCUGAGUGCCGCGUAUCAGGGAAGCACAGGCUUAAGCCAGAGGGUUUUUACUUAGCAGAUUGGGAGAAAAUUGGAAGGAAGGAUUUCAGAGUUUAUUACUGGUAGAUGUGGGUUGCCAGCCUCUCUGUGGAAAGUAGACUUUGUGAUAUGUGUACCAUAUAUAUAUUUUUUUGGGGGGGGUGUCUUUUUAGGGCCACACCUACGGCAUAUGGGGGUUCCCAGGCUAGGGGUUGGAUCCAGCCACAUCUGCGACCUACACCACAGCUCACGGCAGUGCCUUAACCCACUGAGCAAGGCCAGGGAUCGAACCUGUGUCCUCAUGGUUACUAGUCAGAUUUGUUUCCGCUGACCCACGCCAUGUACCAUACGUAUAUUAAUAUGCAUCUAGUGCAAAGAACAGGGUCCAGAAGGACAUGUUCCAGGUUGCUGACAGUGGCUGCCUCUGGGGAGGGACUGGGACGAGAAGGGUCUGUGAAGAGCACCCCGAAUUUUAACAACAUGGAUGGAUUCGUGCGUGUGUAAUUUAAAAAUAACUGGAAAAAAUGUGCGUGCCUUUUGAUCCAGUCGUUCCAGCUUUAGGAUUCUCGGGAGUGGAGAAGGCGGUGUGUGUCUACAGCUGUUUGUUGCUGUCGUUACCAACCUUUCUAAAGGGCCACGAGGGAGAGGUGGCCAGGGCACAUAUGAAAUGAGACCUCGGACGCAUGAGGGUGCAUCUUGCUUCCAGAGAUGUUAAAAUGUGUGUGUCUGAGAACCGCUGGGGUGGCCCAGGGGUGUUUGGCCUGGGAGGAUUGUCAAAAAGGCUUGCCUGAGAAAGUUGUAUAUAAAAUAAAGCUUCAACGAGACGCUGCCUUUC